GGACAGCAGCAACCCCAAGAACUAAAGGAAAGACAGGGAGGGAAGAGACAUACGUGAUUACUUUCUGCUCUUUGGCACAGAAUCUGUCUCUCAUUCCUCUUUUAUUCUUAUCCUUGGGUAUUAGUUGGAACCCUCCAGCAUCAUGCCUGAACAGAGCAAUGAUUACCGAGUGGCUGUGUUUGGGCAGGGGGCUCGAAAGAGCUCCCUGGUCUUAAGGUUUGUGAAAGGCACUUUCCGGGAAAGCUACAUCCCUACAGUGGAAGACACGUACAGGCAGGUGAUCAGCUGUGACAAGAGCAUUUGCACACUGCAGAUCACAGACACCACGGGCAGCCACCAGUUCCCUGCCAUGCAGCGGCUGUCCAUCUCCAAUGGGACAUGCCUUCACCUGGUGUACUCCAUCACUCAGGCCGACAGUCCCUGGAGGGAGCUGAAGCCUAUCUAUGAACAGAUCUGUGUCAAAGGAGAUGUGGAGAGCAUCCCCAUCAUGCUGGUGGGGAACAAGUGUGAUGAGAGCCCCAGUCGUGAGGUGGAGAGCAGUGAGGCAGAAGCCCUGGCCAGCAUGAAGUGCGCUUUAUGGAAGACCGCUCGCCAUGCUCAACACAAUGUGAAGGAGCUCUUCCAGGAGCUGCUCAACCUGGAGAAGCGCAGGACCGUUAGUCUCCAGAUUGAUGGCAAGAGAGCUAAGCAGCAGAAGAGGAAAGAAAAGCUCAAGGGCAAAUGUGUUGUCAUGUGAAGGUUCUUCUCCAUGGAGAGAGCAGUGUGUCCCACCCCACCCCUGUCUUCCCUGGCUCCCCAUGUGAAACCCACAGCCAUCAGGGUAGCAUGUCAGAUGCCCACAUGUUCAAUGUUGCAUUUCAAUUGAGACAUGCCCCAUUGUCCUUGGAGAGGGCAUGCCAUACACCACCAAUAAGCAUACCCCUCCAGAAUCAGGGAAUCUGCCAGACAAGACAGUGGCGACAAGGCUCAGCCUCCCCGGGAAGAGAGGCACCAACCAUUUCUGAAAGUACUUUGUAUUCAGAGGCAGCAGAUCUGGUACCCCACAGAACAUGUGUUUUUAGAGAGGUGAAACAUUGUCCUGCAUGCACAAGAGAGCAUGUGAACCUGAAGCUGGACAUCAUGCUGAAGACCAGGGUUUGUCUCUGCUCAGAAGCCAAGGACAUUGUAAGGAAAGGCCCAGGAAAAGGGGAGGAAAAUAGGCCAAAUUUAUACUCUUUGGUGGUUCUUGAACUGUAUUUAAAAACAAACUCACAUGGCCUCCCCCAGAAGAUGUUCACUGCCUAUCCCUCUAUCCUUAGCUGAUCCCUGAGCCCUGUCAAUGUAAGGGAUGUUACUGGCCUUUCUAGGACCUCACUAGCUAACUGUUGUAUUAGCCUUUUCAAGUAUUUUUGUCAACAGUUCAAUACUGAGUUUGCUUGGAGCACACCUGCUCCAUCAGAAGUGCUUCCAAUGUUGAGUGAAGCUACUGUGACAUAUCCAAACACCACAAGACUUCUCUCUGUAUGUGAUACUUCAGGGGGUUUUCAAAUGUGAAGUUUUUUUCCUGGACCCAUGAUGGUAUACAACUUCUUCCAGCCCUCAGAUUUUAAAGAAAAGCAAUUAACGUAGCUAUUUUUAGUCCCCCUCAAUCCCUCCAAAGAAGUU